AUUCAUCAUAUAUGUGAAACAAUAAGACAUCCUUUGAGGUGACUAUACUAAACCAACUUCAAUAAUUCAAAGAAUUCAUCAAAUUUACAUCUUUUUUAUAUAGAUUCCCCUUGAAUCCAAGAAAACUUCACCUUUGAUGAAAAAAGAUGGAUUUUGAAGAUGAAGAGUGGGUGAAUGUUCCUUAUGAUGGACUACUUGAAGUCCAUGAAGAUGGGGAUGAGAAAAUAUUCUCAAGAAAAUAUGUCAAAAGUCCCACAAGAUAUUACAAACCGAAUUACUUCUAUACUCCAAAGACGUAUCAAGAUUACGUCGAAGAUGAACGAAUAUAUGAAAAGCAAUUGGAUCAUGAAGAAGAAGUCAAAGAAAUCAUCAAACUCCCAAUUUUGAUCGAGGAUAAGGAAACUUCACAUGAGUUUGAGCGUGGGCCAGGCUCAAAUCAAGAUCCGAUCUUUCAUGUUUUCUUAAAAAAAGAAAACCAAUUUGUCGAAAUGAAAAUGGGUUCUCCGAGAUUGAGUUCUCAAGAGUCUGAUAUGUCACGUGUUGAAAUGGCUCCAUUUCAACACGAUGAUAAACAUGAUGAUCAUGAGGUGAAUUGUUCAUCACCAUCAAAGAUGAUCAAGAAAGAAGUGGUUGCUUGGAAAGAAAGUAACCAAAGAGUGAAUUUUUGGAAGUGGGGUUUAAGUGGGAUUGGUGUUUUUUGUUGUGUUGGCAUGACUGCUGCCACCAUUUGUAUCAUCAUAUGUGGAAAUGGUAGAAGGCACAAACAACAAAACCAAAAGCUUAGGAUUCAGAUCUACCCAGAAAACAAGAGGAUAAAGCAAGUGGUGCAAAAAGCAAAUGAAGCAAUGUCAGCAGUGAGAGGAGUUCCUUUGGUCAAGGCUCAAAUCACGUAUGGUGGACACUAUGAAAGUAUCUAGACCAAUUUGCCAUCUCAGUUAUGUAAAUAUUGCAAUUAAACUUUAUAUAUUUUAUGUGUGUAUGUAUGUAUCUUUGUGUGUUUUUUAAGAAAAAAUGUUUGUAAAUAAUAUAUGAAAAUGCUCGGAUGCUUCGUGUGUAUUUUUGUGUAUUUUUAAGAAAAAAAAGUUUGUAAAUAAUAUACGAAAAUGCUCGGAUGCU